AUAAUGGCUUCAUAGUAGAUAUGCCUGUAAUCAAAAUACCUGUAGUUCAUAAGUUCGGGAUUAUAUCCCAAUCUCACAGAGAUGAACUUCAAGAGCGUAUUCAGAGAAACAUAUAUAUUUCAACUUUUAAAGAUGGAAAAUCAUCCAAAGUCUCAAAAGAUAGUUUGGAGGUUAACGAGGAUUUUGUGAAUAAAUUUAACAACUGCACAAAUGCAGACGAUAGACAAAAAUUAUUGGAUGUCGCAAAAAAAAUGCUUGAACGAGCUAAACGACGCUGUGGAGCCAGCACAGCUGGAGAGGGAAAACACGUGGAUCUCCCUUUAGCUUGGACGGAACUCGCGCAACUUGCUCAAUGUCAGCACAAAAUACAAACUGACUGUUUAAAAAUUUUAAAUGAAUCUCUUCAACAAUCUCCAUUUGAUAGGCAACAAGUACCAGCUUUGUUCUACUUAGCUGAAACAACUCUAUACUGGCUAAGGACUGACUCUUUGACGCAGCCAUAUUUAAGAAAAAAUGAAAUUAUACUAUUAGAAAUUGGAAUGAAUACAUUUUUUAGACUCUUUUUUCAUUACAUGGCGGGAGAGCUAGGAGGAUUCAAUACAUUUAAGGAUCGUUUACAUACAUAUUUAGAAGGUUUUAUUGAUUCAGAAAAUGCGUAUGAGCCGUAUCCUGUAUGUGUUCUUCGAAUGAAGUUUAUUCAUGAAAUUGGAAGAAUGUUGACUGCUGACGUAUCUGAAGAUCUUCAACCGCAAGAAGAAGGCUCUCCUAAGGGAGAAACUGAAACUAAUCAUAAAUCUCCAGACUAUAUAUCAUCUUGUGUUCAUGACCUCAGUCCUACACUUUGGCACUCCUUAGAUGUUUGGAAGAGUGUGGAGAAGGCAUCUAAGGAUUUAAGAAUAAGUUUAACUGCCCUUUUAGAUUGCGCCUGGCACGUGACUGAUGAAAAUUGGGUAGACGUUUUCACCGCUUUAAAUAUACUAGGAGAUGCUGGUCAAGCAAAUACAGACGUUCUUCAUUGCCUGUUUCACAUGGCUAAGGGACCAAAAGAUCCAGUGAGAAAGCUACCUCCAAAAGAAACUAGACUUAGUACUACAUCUGCAGUGCAGCAAGACUUUGACGCAUCAGCCGCCGCUGAUGACGGUAGCUUGGGUACCAGAGCCAUAACUGCCUCAACUCAUCAACCCGAAGUCGGUUCUGGUUUUGCAUCUUGGCCAUGGCAAUGCUGUCUGGGAUAUAUUUCUAUAUUAAAAGAAAUUGUUAUAAAAAGUGCCUCAUCAAAGAUUCGAAAAACUGCUUUAGUGGGAGAAGACGAGUCGCUAAAGAAUUUUUCCCUACUAGGCCUUCUAUUUUAUGAUCAAGAGUCUAAAAUAUCAUGGAAGGUUCGAUCGGUUGCUUACGAACAAGUCUGGAAUGUUUAUAGGUUUUUUGAAAAAGACAAAAUGAAUGAUAAUUUAGCGAACGCUGCUUGGCAAGCAAUUCUUCACGUGCAGAGAUAUGAAAUGGACAAACGUGUUUUGGAUUCAGCAAAAGUUGUUCAAGAUUACAUUCCAACUGUUCUUGAAAAGUCAUUAUAUGGCCUCAUAGCUAAAAAUCUAUCAUAUAUCUAUUUACCAACUGCUGAAUAUGACUUUCCCUUAAAAAUGAAAAAUAAACAUCAAGCAAAAAAGAUAGUUAACAAACCAAUAAGAAUAAAACAAAUACGAACAUCUCUGCGGGACGAAAUGAAUCUUGCUAAUGCCCUUUACGAAUCACUACCUGGUAAACUUGAACGGAUGAAUUUUGCUAUGAGAAGGGUUGUUGAAGACCAGUGGCGUAAAGAAGAACACGAAAUGCUUGAAAGAGAAGAUAAAGAAGAGGAUAGCGAAAAGAAGCCGGAAAAGAAAAAUGAAAAGAAAAAUGAAAAGAAAAAUGAAAAGAAAGAAAUGAAAAAGAAAGUUUUAAAUGAUAAUUUCAACAACUUAAUUUGA